UAAAAAAAUAAACAUAAAAAAAAGGAUAGAAGGCUCUUUCUUUCUCUCUCUAACCCCAUCUCUCUCAUUUUUUUUUCAGUCUCUUCAUUUUCUCUCACUAAAUUACUUUCUCUCUCCUCUUCUUUGUAGAAUCGAAACCUCAUCUCUUCCACCUCUUUAACCCCCCAAAAAAACCCAAAAAAGUUAGGGUUUUUACCAAUUUCUCCUUCAAAUUCAUAACAAUAACUUGAGAAUCUUCACAUAAAGAUCCCACCUUUGAACUUAUGGUGAAGUCUUCUCUCUCUAGAUGGGAGUUUCAAACGGUGCCGUUUCAGAUCCAAGUCAAGUCCACCCACUUGAUUUUUCCUCAUUUCUGAGCUUUCUCAGGGAAUUAUAUAGGAAGAGUUAUGAAGGCUUAGCUUGUGUAUAUUGAGAUACAUUAAACAUGGCAAGUGCUGUUGUAGAGUUUAAUCAGCAAAGAAGUGAAUCUAGUCUUGUUUCCAAGUCUACAAGACCGCAUGCUCCAAUGGAUUUGGUACCUCUAAACGACACUUCCAGUGAGAAGCACAACGACUUUACAGUGAAGUGCAACCAUUUCUCCAUACGCGGUUAUGUAUCAGAAGUCCGCAAAAAGGAUCCAAAAAUUUGCUAUCCGUUUCCACUGAAGGAUGCCUCCGAGCCACUGUCUAUUGAGCUGCCUCCUAUGGUGGUCCCUAAGUUCAGGUGGUGGCAGUGCAUUAGUUGUGUCCCAGAAGCUAGCGUUCCUCACAGUGUCAUGAGUAAAGAAGUUCAGAAGGUUGAUGAAAAUGUAGAUGUUCCAUUGCCUUUAGUAGGGCAAUCCUCAAAGGCCAAUGCUCCUAGAGUACGAAAUACUGAAGCAAGUACCUCUAUUGAUUCAUAUGACAACAAAAACUAUUCUCCAUUAAAAGUUUUAUCUGAUCCGAAAGGGAAAGGAAAAGCUCAUGUUGAAGAUGAGCCUGCACCAUCCCCAGCCUGUGAAAAUGGCUUUCUCAAGGUUACAAGUCAGGGGAUUCUGCAGCAAACUAGUGGCAAAAUUGAAGUUAGCUUAGCUGCCGGUAACGAAGUAGCUGAAAUUGGAUCUAGAUGCAACGGAAAUGGAAUUAUUGGAGCUCUUCAAACAGACAGCAGAGUGGAUGAUAUUGAAGCAGGAUCUGCUCAAGAACAUGUGAACCACAAUGGGGAAUAUGCCAAUGAAAACUGUCGAGGAAAAAUACAAGCUUCUUUAGAGGAUCGGCAUGGAGAUUCACCAAUUAAUGAUAUGGGAGCUGAGGUAGUUGGGUUUGUUAACAGGCCUAGCAAUGUCAGCACAAGUCGUCGAAUAGACUUGCCAGAUUUAAAUGAGUGUAGUGGAGAACCUCUUAAUGAUGAAAUGAAUGAGGCCGUGAUAACUAAUAGUAAUAGUGAUGCAUUUUGUGAAGAUGAUGACGAUUAUUUAGGGGCAGAAUGCAGGAAAAUUCCUAAGGUAAGGCUUUUGAGUGAACUAUUGGGUUUGAAAGAAAUCCAAGUUCCGGUUAAGGGAAGAAAGAAAAACAAUUCACUGACUAGUUCUUUGGAUGAGAAUGUUAAACGAAAGAGGGUAGGGUCUCAGGAUGAGGGAUCAAAGUCUGUGGAGAUCAUGGUUUCAGAUAAUGGAACCAAGAAGGUAACUGGAACUACUGAGAUUUCUGAAUCUGAUUCAGAGUAUACAACUGAUUCAGAUGAUGUAUCAACAGAGAUAAUCUCUAAGGCUUUGGCGAAAAGGCGGUGCAAGUCUAAAUUUCCUUUGCUUGAGAAAAGGAAUAAAAGAAGUAAAUUUGACCACGGUGGUCCUUCUUCAACACCUCAGCAGAAGAUCAUGUCCAGAUCAGCAGGUCAUGGAAAGGGAAAAACUUCUGACAAUCUGCCUCGAAGAAGUGGUGUUUUUGAUCAGCUAGUUGAGAGGAGCUCAGUUUUGACCAAGAAGAGAGGCAAGGUCCUUCAAGCAGGAAAAGAGGCAGCUUCAUUUAUUUCUUGGAAGACCCGGAUGCCCAAAGACUUUGCAGUCACCCAAAAAGAUGAAAAUGCCGAGAGAACUCCAACUCAGAAUGCACAAAACGCUGCUGAAAAUGUUCAUUUUCCCAGAAGCUAUGUUAUUAAGAGGAACUGUCAAGUGCGUGCUCCUCCAGGGGAAGACGGGCUCUGUCUUCCAUCAUCUCAGGCAGAGCCGAUGCUUGUUGAUGGCAUUAGUGUUCGAGAUCAUCAAGAAAACACAAAUAAUGUUGGGGAUACUAGUGUAGCUUUUAGAACUACUGCUGUUAGCACAAAUUUCACGGAAAACCCAUUAGACAGAAAUGGAGACAGAAGCAUAGGUGCAAAGGCUAAUCCGAAGGAGAAGAAAACUGGCAUCUUUGAAGUUGAAGUGUGCCGUCCUCUGGCACAGGAUAUGCAUUUGCAGGUUUCAAACUCAGCUAUGAAUCCGAAGGAACUGACCAAUGAAGUUCGGGGACGCAUGCAUGAUAUCGACAUUAACAGUAUUCCAACAGAUGACAAAUCAACAGAACAAGGUCCUUCAGACGACAUACCUAUGGAUAUUGUUGAACUAAUGGCUAAAAAUCAAUAUGAGAGGCAUCUGGGUGACCCAAAAGAGAAGCAUGUUUACCCGCCACCCCCUGGUAUCUCUGCAAGAUAUAUCAGGGAUAAUGGAAUAAAUGGUUCUUAUGGAGAAUACUGGCACAAAUUCGGUCAAUCUCAUGGGCAACCCCAUUUUCUCAACAUGCAAAAACCACCAUUUACUGAUACAAGAAACUGUAUGGUCAAUGGAAAUUUAGGUCACUUCUCUGACUUCAACCGCAACUCUCAGAGUGUCACUAGCUGUCUUCCUAGAGAAAAUCCAGUUUAUGUCAGAUAUUCUUCUCCUACUCAUGGUCAAGACCAUUGUCCUCCAUACCCUCCCUGUGGAUUGGUAAACAAUUGGAAUGAAAGUAUUAACAUGGCAGCAGCUCAAAGAUACCCUCCGAGUUUUCUCCAAGCAGUGGAGUCAUAUAGACUUCAAGCUUGUGCACCAAGACCAAGUACUGCAGAAGGGUCCCGUGUAUGGCCUUCUGUGGUGGCGAGCCGCAUGCCCUUGGGAAUUACGAACCCACAGAUUAUCUCUCAGAGCUCUAAUAUUCUGAAUAAAGGGAAAAUCCAUCAUCAGACUUCUGGAAGCAUUUUGAACUUCAAUUCAUCUGGUACUACCAGUCUUGGAAAACAGCAGAACCUAAACUUUUCAAAUGGUUACAAUAUUGUUGGACAUCCAGAAAGUUCUGCAGGAUCCGCAGCUGAUAAUAUGUAUACCAAUGAUGCCAUUUCUGCUAUGCAUUUACUGAGUUUGAUGCAAAAUGCAGCAAAAAUGCAAAAUCCAGCAUUGUCUCUGGGCCCUCAAAAGAUGGUGGGGCCUACUAGCUCGAGGCAGCCCUUUGUGGAGAGCAAUGGUAGAAGUUCCGGUAUGCAAGACAGCUCUCGUCAUCCGUGUUACCCUACUGCCAUUCCUGUAGCUACCGUGCGUCCUUUUGCUUCGACAUUUCAGAGAGAUGGGGCGAACAUUGGAAGAAAUAGUAGUAACCCAGGAUUUGUGGGGCCCAUUCCAUUGACAUUGCGAGGGCAAAGGAACAUGGAGAGCUCCCAUUUCGUCCUUCAAGGUGGAGAUCACAGACCUCAAAGAAGACAAAUGGGUUCUUUUCUAGAGAAGGGGAAGGAUAUCUCUGCCAUCUCACAUCCCUCUUAUGUCAACCCUUUGCAAAGUCAGAGUAUAAAAGAUUCUGCACCUGGACCCAAGUUCCUGUGUGGAGGGGGUGUAAGACAUGAUGAAAGGACCAUCACACCCAUCCCUGAGAAAGAAAUUUGCAGGUUAAACCAAAAUCCAAGCGAGUUCAAUGACCUGAGAGAGUUGUCUCGCUAUAUGAUCGGCCCAGAUGACCUGAGGCCCAGAGGAAUGGCCCGUCAAAAAUCAUAUCGGCCCAGAGCAGACGUUAAGAAGCAAGACGUCAGGCUGAAGAAGACUAUCCCUUCUAGUAAAGAGCGUGAAUGGCAGAGGAAAUCGUGAGAAUUGCCACAUUUUGAUGGACAGAGUCGUUGGAACGUAAAGGCCAUUUGAGUAUAAAUAAAUUAGUGGAGAAGUUCCAUCAAAGUAGAAGAGUUUCUCCAAGGAGAAACUGUUUAGCACACACUUGUUUUUUCUUUUUGUUGGAUAAUUAGGGAGAGUUUCUCAGCUAGAAGGUUGUCUCUGAACUAAAGAGGGACCUGUUUUUAUCAGUGUUUGUUAAAGCUUUUGAAUAAAACUGAGUAUGUUGUAACUUUAUGUUAAAGGUAUAGGGAACAUCCUUUGGGACCAAUGGUGAUGUAUUUACAUAGGUUUUGUAUGAAAUUUGGAUGGUUUGUAAAGCA